GCAUUGGCACUUAAAUGAAUUGAAUUGUUUAUUCAUGAAAUGUCAUGAAAUGUCUUAAUGUCAGUUAUGAAUAUAUUUUUAUUUAUUUGUUUAUUGUGCUGCAUUUUCUUCAUAACGAUUUCGCUUACAGCAUGACUUUUAUUAUGAAAGGAAAACAUUUUUUCACAUGACCAGGAUGUUAAAACACAAAUGACUCAAACCAGGUUUCGCGUAUAAAAAAGUAAAUGAAGUAAAAUAAUAUAGUCUUUUUGACUGUGUUUUUUUUUUUUUUUUUCUCCUAGUUUGUUUAGCUUGGUUUUUAUGUUUUAUUUUUCAUCCACUCCAGUUCGCGGCGGUAAUGCACCAAGUCAGGUUGCCAACCGCCAAUAAACACCAAAGAAGAAGAAGCAGCAGCAUGUUUUGCAUUCAUUUGUUGUUUUCGCGUAUUUGUAGAACUACAAUGUAGGUUUUUACAUUACAUUGGCAGGCGGUCAGAUGUAUUAUGCAGCAGAGCUCGGCUAGGCAAUGCCAGGCUGUUAUUCCACUCAGUAAUACUGGAUUUUUCAUGGACUAUCUGAAGAUUCAUGUAUGACGAUUCAUAUGGUUUAUCCUCCAGUUCACUAGUUGUUUGCUGGCGUACCACUGUAAUCCAGGGCAACAAAUGAGUACAAAAAUAUAAGACUUCUACAGGUUAUUCUUUUUUUUUUUUUUUUUUUUCUACUGCUAAUAAUGUCUUUAGCUGGAGCUCUGUGGUUUGCUAUUCAGGAUGAUUUAUUGGCAAACGGUUUGUGUAACAACACAAUACCAUCCAGCAUCAGCAGCACAAAACAAGACAAACAAUCCAGCAUCAGUGAACCCAUCUCUGCGUCCGAGACACGCACUGUCCUGGACGGACUGGAUGAUCGCUUUCUGUCUCGGUGUUUACAUCUCACUCGGCAGUGUCUGCGGUUCAUCGUCGAUUUCAUACAGGCCCGUUUAAAGAAAGACGUGUUUGCGCCCGGCCACAGCCCGACCUCCGCAGAAGCCAAUAUUCUGGCCGCGCUUGCCUUCUUAGCACACGGGUCUUUGCCCAGUAAAAUCACAGAACGGCUGGGAGUAGAUCAGAGAGCAGCGGGUGAGGCGGUGAACAGCAUCAUCAAACUCUUAUCAGACCUGAGCCCUGAUUUCAUCACAUUCCCGAACAGUUAUAAUGACCGCAUGGGUGCCGCACAAGCCUUUAAGAACCUGAGCGGCAUCCCGCAUGUGGUGGGCGUGCUGGGGUAUCUGCACGUGAAGGUGAGCCCUCCGGCCGGGGAGGAGCACAUGUAUAUGAACACUUUGGGUUAUCAUUCAGUCAUGAUGCAGGUAAUAUUCGACGUGGACGGGAAUCUCUUGAGUCUGGAGCAGUGCUGUCCUGGAGGAACUCCUGAACAGACUGUAUGGGAAAACUCGGAUAUUGGCAGACAGUUCAGCAUUUUUCAACACGGUCAUACAUGGGUUGUUGGUAGCAGAAGUCUUCUAGGUUGUGGGCACGUUUUGACCCCUGUCGAAGCCUUUCGCGUCAAAAGCAACGCAGCCCUGCGAUUCAACAAAGCACAUGCUCAGCUACAUGGCCGUGCACAACAGGUCUUUGGCAGUUUGAAAAGCCGUUUCCAGUGCCUCCGUGACAUCGGCCCUAUUCAGUCACCCGAGUUGGUGGCAUGCACCAUCAAAGCCUGCUGUGUCCUGCACAACAUCUGCAAGAAGUUCUCUGUGCCGUUACCCUUGGAUUUUAGCACAGAACCGCUCCAUCCACCAUCAGAGGUGGUGAACAUCCUGGCAGAGCAGCCAUUUGACUACAUGGAAGACACUAAAGAGGAGAUGAUAGAAAUGUUUUUUAAUAUUGCAGAAGAUGGAAAUGAAUGAGAUGUGACCAGAUGUGUAAAAGAACAUUUAUGAUAGCAAGAAGCCAGAAACCCUUAGUUUAAACAAUGUACUGAAUUCUAUGAAUUAAGUGAACACAGACAAAUGCAUGCUGUAAUGCUAGUUGAUUCUUCGUAUACAUAAGCUUUAUUCAGUUAAUCAAUAAUUGACAAGUUAAUGCUAAUACACUAAUAUUUGUUAACAAGUGAUAUGAAUAAAAACAAAAUGUUUGUUUAUGGAAGGCCAUAAACCAAGCUGGCAUAAUAAUACAAGUCUGUUACAAAAAAAAAAACAUAUUUAUAUAUAUUGCAGUGGUACCAUAAUUCAGUGAUGUAAUCGGUAAUAUCAUUGAUAUUCUUUGACAGAGCAUCAUACUGAAUGAUUACCUUAUUUAUGUAUACCAAAAAAGUGUCAUGGAAUUGCCAUGGUCAUGUCCAAAAAAUAACUGUAGUACCAUGUCCAAAGAAAGAUGUUAAUACCUGGUAAUUCAUAAUUUGUGAGGUAAUUACUUAUGUCUGGAAUCAUCACAUUGUGCCUGGUUAGGACACGUUUACACGACACCACUUUCAACUAAAAAAAGGAAAACUUUUUAUGCGUUUGGCCGUUCAUUUGCACGACGACGUGUUUUGGGGACCUGAAAACUUUUUAAAACGUGUUUCAAAGUGCAAGUUUUUGAAAAUGAUACCAUUAUAGUUUCUGUGUAAACUACAAAAAUGCAAAUUUGUGAAAACGGUGACAUCAUGCGCAUGUGUAUUAUGUGUUCAUUCUGUAGGCGCGUACUGUUUGUUUACAAAGUGACAUCGCCAACUACUGGCCUGGCAUGCAAAAUAAAUAAAGUGUUUUUAAUCGUUUCUGCAGAUCCGUGUGAACAGGGAUCGUUUUGACAAUGCUGUCAUCUGUACACAAAACUUUUCAAAACCGCGAAGGAAAAUCUUUUCCGUUUUUAGUACAUCAUUGUCGUGUAAACGUACUCUUAAUCCAUGACUUUUGCUUUAAGCAUAUUUAUGAAUAUAGUAUUCUUAAUUAGGACAGCUCAGUAUUUGUACAAUAUUAACAGCAGAUUAAUUUAAAUGUUAAGUGCUUAAAUUUCAGUUCUUACUAAAGUGACUUGCAGUGCAAAAAAAAAAAAAAAAAAAAUCAAA